AUGAGUUUGGCUGGUGGCCGGGCCCCCCGGAAAACCGCCGGGAACAGGCUUUCUGGGCUGCUAGAGGCUGAGGAGGAAGAUGAAUUCUACCAGACAACUUAUGGGGGUUUCACAGAGGAAUCAGGAGAUGAUGAGUAUCAAGGAGACCAGUCAGAUACAGAGGACGAAGUGGACUCUGACUUUGACAUCGACGAAGGGGAUGAACCUUCCAGUGAUGGAGAAGCAGAAGAGCCAAGGAGGAAGCGCCGAAUAGUCACCAAGGCCUAUAAGGAACCACUCAAGAGUUUAAGACCUCGAAAAGUCAGCACUCCAGCUAGUAGCUCUCAGAAGACUCGAGAAGAGAAAGCACUGCUGCCGCUGGAACUGCAGGAUGAUGGCUCAGACAAGACAUAUGAGCGACUUGAGGCUGACAAAAAGAAGCAAGUUCACAAGAAACGGAAAUGUCCUGGUCCUAUAAUCACCUAUCAUUCUGUGACAGUGCCACUUGUUGGAGAGCCAGUCCCCAAGGAAGAAAAUGUUGAUGUAGAAGGACUUGAUCCUGUUCCCACGGUUUCUGCAUUGACUCCACAUUCUGGGACUGGACCUGUCAUCCCCCCUGCCCGCUGCUCUCGUACCUUCAUCACUUUUAGUGAUGAUGCGACAUUUGAGGAAUGGUUCCCACAAGGGCGGCCUCCAAAGGUCCCUGUUCGAGAGGUCUGUCCAGUCACCCAUCGCCCAGCCCUCUACCGGGACCCUGUGACUGACAUACCCUAUGCGACUGCCCGAGCUUUCAAGAUCAUCCGUGAGGCCUAUAAGAAGUAUAUCACUGCCCAUGGAUUGCCACCAACUGCUUCAGCCUUGGGCCCUGGCCCACCACCUCCUGAGCCCCUUCCUGGCCCUGGGCCCCGAGCCUUACGUCAAAAAAUCGUCAUCAAAUGA